AUGGCGGACGAUGGCAAUCUCGGCCUGAGAUUGGCGUGGGCACAAACCGUUGGAACCUUUGUUGGCCUUCUGGCCAUCGGUCUGGCUGUUGUCGCCCUCCUGAUUGAACGGGUCCGGCGUGUUCAAGCUGCCGACGAGCGGCGGUUUACGUCCGAGGACUCGGCAUUGGGCUGUUUCCGUGCCAAAAGCGUCUCGCGAUGGAGUUCGCUUUGGGGGGACACAACGGAGACGCUCCGGUUGCCUACAGUUGCCGGACUGAUCGAGGUCGGGGACAGGGGUGGCUGGACAAGCAGCGCGUUGGAUUUCAUGAUCGAGAACCACCCCAAGGAAACAUGGGUGAAACUGUACGAGUCCAUCAUGACUUCCAUCGCGUGCAACGCCGGGGUCUUGGAAAAGGACUGGAGAGGCGAGGAGGAGCCCGUCCUGACAUUCCUUGGACGCAUUGAAGGAAACCAUCAUCGGGAGCACCAUGUCUCGGGCUUGUGGAAGGCCCGUCAAAGUGCCUAUCAGUCCACGCCUAGGAAGCUGCUCAGUCUACAACGACAACUGGAGCCGCCUGCGGGUCAAAACCAGAAUCCGAGCUUCCCAAGCCAGCAGCCCGCUACCACCCCUGUCCCACCACGGAGCGGGAAACGAGGACUUUCUCGCCUGACAUCAACGUUGAUUGUACGGGAUAAAGCCUGCAUCAGCGUGACGAGAGAGGAACUGGCAGCGCUUAUCAUCAUCUUGGGCGUCGCUCUUCCUAAUCUUGAGAGCCACCGCUACGUUUCUGGGGUGGGCGGGUUCGGACUGUCUAUCGACAUCAACCAUGCUGAUGCCGCCUGGUCCAUCAACAUCGUUCAAGGGUCGCGGCUUGCGCGGCAUGCACCAUCCAUGGGAAGCGGCUACACCACGCUGAUGGCUAAGCAUCUCGCGUGCGGGAGCGUUCCCUUUGCAAAGGCUCAAUCCUGGAUCCUCUCUGUAUACCUGACCGAUGAGGUGCUAGACGCCCUCAAGGCUGGCAGCUACGUGAUCGACAAACGGGCAUUCGGCGGAGACUCAUUGGAGUUCCUCCGCCGUCUCCCUGGCGAUAAGCUCAUUGAUGCUUUCUACGGGACCGAGAAUGCUGCUGCCGCCGUCAGUUCCAGUGGUGUACCGAACCAACAAAAGCAUGAGGCUGGUUCCAUACUCCAUGCCGACCGCAGAUUGGCAGGAAAGUGGUCUCGUGCCGUCACAGAAAUUGCUUUCGGCGGGCUGGUGCCGCAGGCGAGUCCCAAUGUCGUAUCUGCCACCAACUGCUUGGGCUUAUACGGUCCCAUUGAUCGAAGUCAAACAAGCAACUGGCCCCGCAACUCUGGGAGUGUCUGGGAAGAUUCGGAACGAAAUCGUGCUGGCAAAUCUUCCACCCGUCUCCGCACUUGGUUAGUGCUGCCCAAAUGCCACGAUCCGUCAUCGACCAUUUUUGGAUGCCAUGGCUUCUGA